CCAUCAACAUCACUUGAUAAUAAUCAAAAUAAUGAUGAUCUUGAUGAAAUUAUUUAUUCACCAAAAUCUGGUGCAGCAUCACCUGUUCUAAGUCCCUUGCAUAUUGAACGACAACCAUCAAAUGUUCCAUCAACAGAUGAAAGUUUUAAUUUUGAUCAACAAUUAACCACUCCUAUGACGAUUAGCUCAUCAGAAUCGAAUUCAGAUAUCGUAGCUAUCGAUCAUCCGGAAGGAGAACUACAAGCAUUAGUUGCAAAAUCAACUACCUAUCAAGAACCAGAACCAACAGAACAAAUGAAAAAUUCAAUAGAUGGAUCAUAUGAUGUACUUGAUAUUAACUCUCAAAAUCGUCGUUUUAAACUUCCAUUUGAAAUUCGUAUAAUGCAACCUAUACUACGUUUUCUACAAUUACUCUGUGAAAAUCAUAAUCCUGAAUUUCAAAAUUACCUUCGUCUACAAGAUAAUAACAAAACAAAUUAUAAUCUUGUCUGUGAAACAUUAAAAUUUCUUGAUGCGAUUUGUGGUUCACAAACAGGUUUACUUGGUCUCCUAGGAAAUUAUAUAAAUGAAGAUAAUGUUGAAUUAAUUAAUCAAGCUUUAAAUACAAUAACUGAAUAUUGUCAAGGACCAUGUCGAGAUAAUCAAGAUGCAAUUGUUAAUCAUGAAUCAAAUGGUAUUGAUAUUAUUAUUGCUAUUGUUUUAAAUGAUAUAACACCAUUAAAUCAAAAAAAUUAUGAUCUUGUACUUGAAUUAAAAGAUAAUGCAUCAAAAUUAUUAUUAGCUGUUAUGGAAAGUCGAGAUGAUAGUACAAAUGCUGAACGUAUUCUUAGAAAUAUUGUACCAGUUUCACAAUUACUUGAUGUUGGUUGUGAGAUUUAUGUUCGUGGUAAACAACAAGAAAUGGAAGAAAAAAGUGGCCAAGAAGCCGAAAAUGAUGAAGCAGUACAUGACGAAGAUGCGAAUGAAAAUUCUGAUAAUGUUGCCCAAACUGUUGGUCAUAAUAUGUAUAUUCUUGCAUAUCAGCUCGCGCGACAUAAUCGUGAACUUGAAAUUUUAAUGAAACAUCGAACAUUAAAUGAUGAGGCGUUAUCUUAUUAUCAUAAACAUACAGCUGAAAUUGAAAUUAUUCGACAUGAUCGUUCGAUUGAACCGAUUGUUUUUCCUGUUCCACAAUUAUGUGAAUUUUUAACGGUUGAAAAAAAGCAGAAAGUCUUUCUUACAUGUGAACAAGAUGAACAAGGAUCAAAAGUAAAAGAUUUCUUUGAAAAAUUUCCGGAAAUAUUCGAAGAAAUGAAAUGGCAACGAAAAUUACGUCAUCAACCAACAUUAUAUUGGUUUUCUUCACAUAUGUCUCUGUGGAGUGAUAUAUCAUUCAAUUUUGCUGUACUUAUUAAUAUACUCGUUGCUGUUUUUUAUCCAUUCAAUAAAGGUCUUAAAGAUCUUGAUCCACGUGCUUCCGCAACUAUAUGGAGUGCAUUAUUGGUUACAUUAAUUGCAAUUUUAAUGAAACCAAAUGUAACAUCAAUGCGUAUGUUUUUUGUUGCUGGAAUUUUAAGAUCAAUUUAUUCAGUUGGACUUGGACCAACUCUAUGGUUAAUGGGGGCAAUACAAGUUUUAAAUAAAGGUGUAUUUCUAGUAAGUUUUAUGGGUAAUAAUGGAACAUUUUCAAAAUCACGUUAUGAAAACGUAACAAACUUUGAACUUGUUUAUCAUGUCGGAUAUUUACUUCUUUGUGUACUUGGUUUAUGUGUACAUGAAUUUUUCUACAGUUUAUUGUUACUCGAUGUUGUCUAUCGUGAAGAUACUUUAUGGAAUGUAAUUCAAUGUGUUGUACGCAAUGCUAAAUCUGUUAUUUUAACAGCUGUAUUUGCUGUUAUUAUAAUAUAUUUAUUUGCUAUAUGUGGUUAUCUAUUUAUCCAAGAUGAUUUUCUUAUGGAGGUUAAUACAAAAACACUUGGAAUUGCUCAUGAAAAUGAUACAAAUUUUUUAAGUAAGUGUAAAAAUCAAAGUAAAAACAAAUUUUCUCCUAUCUUUUUUUUUCUUGCUUUUGUUGCUUUUUGUGUUAUUAAAAUAUGUUGUAUCAGAACGAAGGGAGUUGAAACUUUAUCAAAAUAUUCGAAUUUUUUUUGUUUCCAGUUACUUGAUAUCGUUUUUCGAGAUACAACUUUAUUACA